AUGAGCUAUGGAACUAUAAAUGAUAUGAAUGAAUCGGUAACGAACUAUCGAAUAAAAAAAGCCCAAAACAAUAUCAAGGGAUGGUACGCUUACUCGUUUUCUAGUGAGCCUUUUGUGGUUUCUGCAGUCUCAACGUAUAUUCCUUUAUUAUUACAGCAAUUUGCCAGUAUAAAUGGUGUAAAAGUGCAUGAUCACUCCAUACCUUGCCUGUCAGAAACGGGUGGUGGUUCAGAUAAGUGUGUUCUUGGUCUGUUCAACAACCGGAUCUUCGUAGAUACUUCAAGUUUUGCAUUAUACGUCUUCUCCCUUAGUGUUUUAUUCCAAACAAUAAUAGUCAUUUCUGUUUCAGGGAUAGUAGAUCUUUGGGGGAGUGUUAAAUUCAAAGGCAGAAUUCUGGUUUGGUUUGGUAUUGUGGGAGCAUUAUCCACUGUUGGGAUUUCCAAAUUGAGUGAUACCCAGGUUUAUUCUCUAUCUGGCCUUUAUAUUGUGGCUAAUGGUUGUUUUGGCGUUAUCAAUGUGGUUGGGAAUUCUCUUCUGCCCAUUUUUGUUAAGGAUUCGUUGAAAUGUCAAAGUCAAGGAGUCUAUGAACCUGAUAAGGUAGACUCAUUAACCACUGUUAUUAGCGGUAGAGGUGCCUCUUUGGGUUAUUCAAGCGCCCUGAUUGUUCAGAUCGUAUCCAUGUUCUUGGUCGCAUCAAAAAAGGGCAGUAAGCAGGAUGUUCAAGUGGCUGUUCUUUUCGUAGGGAUCUGGUGGUUUGUAUGGCAAUUGCCCAUGAUCUGGUUGAUUGACGACGUGACGAUACCGAUAAGAGCAGAUGGUUCUACAGCAGCAUCCGCCCAUGGUCCGUAUCCCGAUGAGCAAGAGGCUUUAAACCAGUUAAAUUGGAAGAGAUACCUUUCGUAUGGUUGGGUAUCACUUUUCGAAUCGUUUAAACAUGCCACGCUAUUGAAAGAUGUGAUGAUUUUCCUUAUUGCGUGGUUUAUUAUUAGUGAUUCCAUUACCACGAUAAACUCUACAGCGGUUCUGUUCUCUAAGGCAGAGUUACACAUGAGCACCCUCAACCUAAUCAUGAUAAGUGUUUUGACCGUUAUAAAUGCAAUGUUGGGCGCUUUUAUGAUCCCACAGUUUCUUGCCACAAAGUUUCGGUGGACUUCCAGCCAGACUUUGAUGUAUAUUAUCAUUUGGGCAAGUUUCAUACCAUUUUAUGGUAUCCUUGGAUUUUUCUUCAAUGCGUUCGGUUUAAAACAUAAGUUUGAAAUGUUCUUAUUGGCCAUUUGGUACGGAUUAUCACUAGGUGGCCUAUCGGCAGUCUCAAGAUCAGUUUUCAGUUUGAUUGUACCUCCAGGAAAAGAAUCUACAUUUUUUAGUAUGUUCAGUAUCACGGAUAAGGGGUCAUCCAUCCUGGGACCCUUCCUUGUUGGACUGCUUACCGAUAAGACGCAUAAUAUUCGCUAUUCGUUUUAUUUCUUCUUCCUUCUUUUGAUGCUAUCAUUGCCUGUACUAAACUGCCUGGAUGUUAAGAGAGGUAGACGGGAAGCUGAAGAAUUGAGUCAAGUAUUGCCUGAAAGUGAAAGAAGACUGGAUUAG